CCACAUCGGUGCCCAAAUUUGCAGAAAUCACAGGGAGUUAGCUGCCGCCGCAUUACCCAUGACGAGGAAAGGAAGUAGGCCGCCGGUGAAGUCGUCGCUGUUCGAAAGAGUCCUACGCCGCCGGGUACAAGAAACCUACGGUAACGCCACUCCAUCUGUUGGCGAACUUGUCGACCGCCUCCGCGCCAAUUUUCCCGAAUACGGCCGCCACAAGAUACAACCUUUCACCAGAAUGGUGACACAAACCCUAGAUUCCAACGACAGCAAAGGAAAGCAGAAAUCAACAAGAAAGAAUGAAGAUUACAAUUCUAAAUUCAAUUACGACGAUGAAGAUGAUAGCACGUCUCCAUCGUUACGCAGCCCUGUAAGCAAGAAAGCAAAGAAAAUUGAUAGUAGAGAGCAGAGACUGCAGAUGCUUGAGAAGAAGCACGUUUCACAAAGACGAAUUAAGCUGCAAUCAGAGUCAUCAUCCUCGGAAUCGGAAUCGGAUGACGGAGAAGAAGAUAGAAGUGCCGUUUCCUCGUCUGAAGAUGAUGUCUAUAGCCUGCAAUUUGACCCGGAGUUUGAUAUAACGAAGUCUAUGCUCCGAAACAAGUACAGCGGGUCAAAACUCGAUGGAAAAGUCGACGGGAAACCUCAAAAUAUUGAGUUAGAAGUGGUCACGAAUAGCAACAACAAGGAGACUAGAAAGGUUGAUUUGAUGAAGGAAGAUCAAGGUGGUAAGUUAAAAGCAAAGGCACAAAAACCGAACAACUUAUCAAACGAAGAUGUUGAUGCUAAUGGGAAAGAAGAUGGGCCAAGGUUUAAGGACCUUGGAGGUAUGGAUGUUGUGUUGGAUGAAUUGAAAAUGGAGGUGAUUGUUCCUUUAUUCCAUCCAGAGUUACCUCGAAGGCUUGGAGUUAGGCCAAUGGCUGGCAUUUUGUUACAUGGGCCACCAGGGUGUGGAAAGACUAAACUAGCUCACGCCAUUGCUAAUGAGACUGGAGUUCCAUUCUAUAAGAUUUCAGCCACUGAGUUGGUCUCUGGUAUAUCAGGUGCAUCAGAGGAAAACAUACGAGAGCUAUUUUCAAAAGCAUACAGAACAGCACCUUCCAUAGUUUUCAUCGAUGAAAUCGAUGCAAUCGCUUCAAAAAGAGAAAAUCUCCAAAGAGAAAUGGAACGCAGGAUAGUGACACAAUUAAUGACAUGCAUGGAUGAAUCCCACAGAGUCACAAAACCAGAUGACACCUCAAAGAAUCUAGAACCUUCCAAUAACAAACCAGGAUACGUCUUAGUAAUCGGAGCCACCAACAGACCCGAUGCUGUGGACCCCGCGUUAAGAAGGCCCGGAAGAUUCGACCGUGAGAUCAGUCUAGGUGUCCCUGACGAAAACGCAAGAAUCAAGAUUCUUGAAGUUCUUACACGUGAUUUGAAACGUGAAGAUGCUUUUGAUCUUGUGAAAAUUGCUAGGGCAACUCCGGGUUUUGUUGGUGCUGAUCUGGCAGCUUUGGUGAAUAAAGCUGGGAAUCUUGCUAUGAAGAGAAUCAUAGAUGGAAGAAAAUCGGAGCUUUCUAAAGAAAGUGAAGAAGAAAGUGAAGAUUGGUGGAGGAAGGAGUGGACUGUUGAGGAAAUGGAGAAGCUUUGUAUAACAAUGUUGGAUUUUGAGGUAGCUGCUAAACAGGUUCAACCUUCUUCUAGAAGAGAAGGGUUUUCUAGCAUUCCAAAUGUUAAAUGGGAAGAUGUUGGAGGUCUUGAUAUUUUGAGAAGGGAGUUUGAUCGUUAUAUAGUUAGGCGUAUUAAAUAUCCUGAUGAGUAUGAGGAAUAUGGAGUUGAUUUGGAGACUGGGUUUUUGCUAUAUGGACCACCUGGUUGUGGAAAAACGUUAAUUGCCAAAGCUGUUGCUAAUGAAGCAGGAGCAAAUUUCAUACACAUUAAGGGUCCUGAGCUUUUGAACAAAUAUGUUGGGGAGAGUGAAUUGGCAGUUAGGACAAUAUUUAGUCGUGCAAGGACAUGUUCUCCAUGCAUACUGUUCUUUGAUGAGAUAGAUGCUCUGACAACAAAGCGUGGAAAGGAAGGGGGAUGGGUUGUUGAGCGACUUCUGAAUCAGCUAUUGAUAGAGCUAGAUGGUGCUGACCAACGCAAGGGCGUUUACGUAAUUGGUGCCACCAACAGGCCCGAGGUGAUGGAUAGAGCAGUGUUAAGGCCAGGAAGAUUUGGGAAACUUAUGUAUGUGCCUCUGCCAAAUGCAGAUGAACGUGGGUUGAUCUUAAAAGCUGUUUCUAGAAAGAAACCACUAGAUGAUGACGUGGACUUGAUUGCUAUUGGUCGAAGUGAGGCUUGUGCAAAUUUAAGUGGAGCUGAUCUUUCCUCAUUGAUGAACGAAGCUGCCAUGGCUGCAGUUGAAGAGAAAUUCAAGAAAAUCGAAGCUGCAAAAGCUAGUGAUGAACCACAAAGCUCAUUAGGUGGCUUGCCACAUACUAUUAAAGCCAUACAUUUUGAGCAAGCAUUGGGAAAAAUCUCACCUUCUGUCUCAGAUAAGCAAAAACAGUAUUACCAUCUACUAUCAGAGAGCUUCAACGCAUCUUAA